AUGCCCCGCCUCGGAGCCAAGGUGUCCCUGCUCCGCUGCACUCUGCUGUCAUCCCUCAUCCUCCUCCUGGUCUGCAGCAUCCAUGAGACGGAGCAGAACAGCUACUGCCAGCAGAUCAUCACGGAGAAGCACCUGGCCGAGCUGGAGGAGCUGGCUGACACUCAAAUGCAGCACCCAGGCAGGGUCUCCUUCAAGUUCAUCAAUAAGACACAGUUGAAUGACUCCGUUUGCUACGUGAAAGCUGCCUUCCCUCUGCUGGGCAAGAUCCUGGAGCGAACAGAGUUCAAGGAGAACUCCUCCAACGCCAAGAGGAUGCAGGCAGUGCGCAGGAUGUACAACCGCAUCGACGAGAACGUCGACCCCUGCAUCAGGGAGGAGGAUGAUGAGGAGAGGGAGCUGUCCCAGAUGUGCUUCGAGGAGUUCACCACCUCCCCCUAUGAGAUGCUGCUGCUGGUGAAGGAAUUCUUCCAAGACAUCAACCAUCUGCUGCAGAACCAAGAGACCUUCGAGAAGGACUGCAGCCAGGUCUACCUCAGCACCUGCUUGGGACCCAGGAAGUCUGGAUCCCCACCAGGUGUGGGGACUGAUCCUGACUGCAAUUGCCUGUCCCCUGCCCUCCCUCCUGCCACCCAGCCCUCUCUCUCCGCUGCCACCCAUGCCAGCAGGGAGGUGGCACCCGCUAGCACCCGGCCCCCUUACAACCUUCUCCAUGCCACCCUCGCUGACUUAGAUGCUCCGUCUCAGCCCCCCAGUAGCACGGACGGCGGCUCAGGGACCGACGAGGUCCUGGGUGCCGGAGUAGGGGACACGGUGCCAGUGCCAUCCUCUGGCAUGCAGCAGACAGCUCCAGCCGACAGCACCAAAACCCUCCUGGAUCCAGCUGGGACCCUGAGCCUGGCAGCAGUGGAUGUCCCCAUCCUGCGUGGGGACGGACAGCUGGUGGAUGGAGGCUCUGAAGCAGCAGCUGGCCAGCCCCUGCCGGAUCCAGCCCAGGAGCAGGGAGUCUCCAUCCUCCCGGAACAUGCCGGCGGGCUCGGGACCACCACGCCAGAGGCAUCCCCCAGCUCCAGCUCGGCGGGUGGCAGAGCCAGGAUCCGUCCUGCCGCGGCAGCUGAGCCUGUCACGCAGCUUCGCUUCUCCAGGAUGGCUCCGGCCAUAGGGGGCCGAGCUCCGGGAGGCGCCGGGGCGAGGGGGCGAGGCUGGGGGCUGAGCCGGCUGCGGGAGCCCGAGGACGGCGGAGCCGGCCCCAGCUUUGACUCUGGCUUUGUUCUGAGCGCAGAGCAGCGCAGGAAGGAGCCGCCUGCCAGCGAGGGCCACUGGAAGCCCCUCAUAUACAUCCCGGUGGCCAGCGUGGUUGCCGUCUUGCUGGCCGUGGGAGGGCUGCUCUUCUACAAGUAUAAAUCCAGGGUCCUGGACCGGUCACGGGAAGAUGGAGGCUGUGACCCUGAGGAGCCAGAGAGGAGGGCGCUGCAGGGAGCGAGGGGAUGUCCAGAGCUGGAGACUCAGGACCUCUGA